GAUCACGUGUUUCCCAAAUGUUGGAGAGAGGAUGGUAUUUCAACCAAAUCAAAGGCACCUGCGAGGAAGUCAACGAUGCUGAUAUAAUCUCCUGUGUGGAAUACGAUAAAUCUGGGGAAUUCUUAGCCACUGGGGACCGGGGCGGUCGAAUUGUCAUUUUUCAGCAAGAUCCUGAGCAACGAAACCAAUUACGAGUCAAUCAUAAUGUCUAUUGCACAUUCGUUAGUCAUGAACCCGAGUUCGAUUACCUGAAGUCACUGGAAAUCGAGGAGAAAAUAAACAAAAUCCGAUGGCUUCCCAGAACAAACCACGCUCGAUUUUUGCUCUCCACUAAUGACAAAACAAUAAAGCUAUGGCGCAUAGUGGAACGUCACAAACGUGCAAUGGGCUACAACCUAACCAACGACCAUAAUAAUAUGGAUGCAUAUUCCGACAAGUCUUUCGACGAUCAGCAGCACUCCAACACCCCAAUUCCCCGUUUCUGGCAUCCCGCGGACCUUCGCGUUCCCCAUUUCGAAGAGACGGAACCCACCGUUGAGGCCAUCCCUCGGCGAGUGUUUGCCAACGCUCACGCCUACCUGAUCAAUUCUUUAUCCGUGAAUUCCGAUCAGGAGACCUUUUUGUCCGCUGACGACCUCCGGAUCAAUCUGUGGAAUCUGCAGAUUACCGAUCAGUCUUUUAAUAUUGUGGACAUCAAGCCAGCGAACAUGGAGGAUUUGUCCGAAGUGAUAACAGCCGCCCAGUUUCAUCCUUCCGCCUGCUCCUGUUCAUUUACAGUAGCAGCAAAGGCACCAUCCGAUUGUGCGACAUGCGUCAACGAGCAUUGUGUGACGAACACGCUCUGUACACACCAGUAG